AUGUCGCGCAAGGUUCUCGUCACCGCGGCCGACGGCCAUACUGGCUUCCUCAUUGCCGAGCUCAUCCUCAAGCACCAAGACUUUGCACCCAAAGUCGACUCCGUUGUUGGUCUCGCGCUCGAUCCCAAGUCCGAGCGAGCACAGGAGCUCAAGCGUCUCGGAGCGUCGAUUGUCCACCACGUACCAGGUCGGGUCCGGCACAUGGCCAAGACCCUCCAAGAUUCUGGCUGCGAUGCCAUCUGCCUUGUUCCGCCAGCCCACCGCGACAAGUUUGACAUUUGCGCGGAGCUGGUGGCUGCCGCAAAGAAGGCAGGCAUUACGAACGUGUGUCUCAUAAGCUCGGCUGGGUGCGACUACGCCGAUCCAAAGAAGCAGCCCCGAAUUAGAGAAUUCAUCGACCUGGAAGCCCUCGUUCUCGCAGCCAAGGGCGAUGCCAGCACCCCCACUGGUGGAUCUCCCUGCGUCAUUCGGGCGGGAUUCUAUGCGGAAAACUUGCUUCUAUAUGCCCCUCAGGCAAAAGAGGAGGGCGUUCUCCCCUUGCCGAUUGGCAGCAAUCACAAGUUUGCGCCCGUGGCUCUGGGUGAUAUUGCCCAAGUCGCCGCUCACGUCCUCACGGGCAAAGGGAAACAUGGCUUUGACGACAGACAUCGGGGGCAAAUGAUGGUCGUUACAGGCCCGAUGCUUUGCGCAGGAAACGAGCUAGCCACAGCAGCAAGCAAAGCCCUCGGCACGGAGAUGGAGUUUGAAGACAUUUCAGAGGCUGAGGCCAAGAAGGUUCUUAAGUCUCAGUCCGAGAGUGAUGAGUCGGAGCAGCAGUAUCUCCUUGAGUACUACAGCCUGGUGCGCGAGGGCAAGACCAACUACAUUGCUACCACGGCUUUCCACGACGUCACCGGCGAGCAUCCGACGGAGCCUGAAGAGUUCUUCCGCAUGUAUCAGAGUGACGUGAGGCCGAGCAAGAGGACCAAACGGAACCACCAAUAG